CGCGUGUCUCUUGGAAAGUCUUUGGAGCAGAAACCAUCCUUUGCAUAUAUCUUCACUACGCCUCCUCUACCAACAAGUCGUGAUUUGGGGAUUUACUUCCUUAUGACAUCUCUGACACACCAUCUCCCGGUGUUCAUCUCAGGCCCCAUCACUUCUGUUAUAGGGGCGAAAUGUUAUGCGUCUCUCGUUGAAGAUCUGAAUAUUGCUGAUGUUGAGUGCAUUAAGCUGACCAUAUCCAAGCUCCUCGGAAUAGGCAUCGUUGCCGGGGGCUCCAUUAUGAAAAUCCCACAAAUAUUGCUAGUGACAAGAGCAGGGACAUCUCAGGGUCUCUCAUUUCCCGCUUACGUGCUAGAGACGCUGGGAUAUGCCAUAAGCCUCGCCUACUCCGCUCGUAGCAACUUUCCUUUCUCAACCUACGGGGAGAACUUCUUUCUUACCGUCGAAAACAUCAUCAUCACACUCCUAAUCACGUAUUACCCGGAUACGCCAGCGUCUUCGGCCCGUAAUCCUGGUAAUGCCCUUGUGGUCGUACUCGGUACUGCCGUCCUUCUCGCCAUUCUCAUCCUGGCGCCGCAACAGUUUUUGUCUCUACUCCAAAUUGCGACUCUUCCAAUCUCUCUAUUCUCGAAGAUACCGCAAAUUGCUCAAAAUUCCAAAGCCAAGUCAACGGGGCAAUUGUCAGCAGUGGCUGUCAUUUCUCAAAUCGUCGGCUGUCUUGCGCGUUUAUUCACAACCGCCACCGAAGUUGGAGAUCCAAUUGUUCUGCUCGGCUUCGGGCUUGCAUUACUUCUCAAUCUCGUUAUUGGGUUCCAGAUGUGGAGCUAUUGGGGCAAGGAAGUCAAGGUAGAAUCGACUCCAAUUGCAUGGAGCAGUAAGGAGGACAUUCCUCCCGUCAGGACCUCGACUCCACCCGCGGCGCGUGCAGGGUCACCUGCUCUAGCGAACCAAGGAAGUAGGAAGUGGGCUAGAAAGGUGGAUUGA